UAUAGCAGAGGGUGUGAGCGCAGCGCAUUACCACCGAGGCGCCCUGCGCAGCUCAAGUUGAAGGCUGCGGAUCUUCGCCGCCACACAUUCGGGGAAGAAGAGCAAAAGCCGCAUUUUCAGACAUAAGAUAAUGACUUCUCUAAACGCAUGAACUUCGGUACUCGCAUUUCUUCCCGACGUUUAAACCUGCAGGCUCAAACGUACUUAGACAGAUUAAGUUGUGUACCAGCGAAGAGAGCGCACAGGGGACACACCAUGCACUGUCAAGCCGAGCUGAGGCUCUCCUCCCCCGGGCAGCUGAAGGCGGCCAGGAGGCGCUACAAGACUUUCAUGAUCGACGAGAUCCUCUCUAGAGAAACUUGUGAUUACUUUGAGAAACUUUCUCUGUACUCCAUGUGUCCUUCUCUCAUCGUUCGACCAAAGCCUCUUCAUUCAUGUUCAGGUUCGUCGUCACUGCGUUCCUACCCGCUGCUCUCGGUGAUCACGCGGCAGCCGCCCAAUGUGCAGCCCCACCUGCCGCAGCCGUCCUCCCCGGGCGCGGUAUCCUCGCACCUGCCCCUCAUGUCCCCGCAGCUCCCGCGAGGGUCUGAACCCUCACCCAGCCAGACGCCCCUCAGCAUCAGCAGCGAAUCGGAGACAGAGAGCAGCACGCCCCGCCUGAAGAAGCCCCGCCGCAGCCGCACCAUCUUCACUGAGCUGCAGUUGAUGGGGCUCGAGAAGAAGUUCCAGAAGCAGAAAUACUUGUCCACACCCGAUAGAUUGGACCUCGCUCAGUCCUUGGGUCUCACACAGCUUCAAGUGAAAACCUGGUACCAGAACAGACGUAUGAAAUGGAAGAAAAUGGUGCUCAAAGGAGGUCACGAGGCCCCGACCAAGCCCAAGGGAAGACCAAAGAAGAACUCCAUUCCUACCACGGAGGAAAUAGAGGCUGAAGAGCGAAGACUGAAGAUGGAGGAAGAGGAACAGAUGAGGAGGGCAUCCGAUGAACCUCAGGAUCUCAGUUCAGAAACUCACAGUCCGAGCGGAGCAAUCGAGGGAUCGGAGCAGGAGCAGCAGCCACUCCCAAUGUCAGAAACUCACUUAGCCAGCUAAGCGAGAACAAACCAACCAAAGACUAAUGCCAACCUGAAAACAAAUAGUGCCUCAGGAUCAGUGUACAAAGCUUGUUUGGUGUAUAGAGUCGUUUGCUUUAGCAGGAUGACUGGAUGCACUUUGAUGGUGUCCAGUCAGUACCAAUGCACCCAUGUAUGUUUUAGUGUACUGGAAAAAGUAUUAUAGAACAACAUAACACUAAUACCUACUGAUUGGACUGAUAAUCUUACAGUCGUUUCGGUCCAUAUUAUAAAGGAGGGUAAUUUUGUCAAACCCAAAACAGGUCAAUCAAGCUUUUAUCGCAACAUGAUGACUAUAUCAAAUGCUCAACUAGCUUGCACACACCUCUCAGCUCACAAAGCUGUCAGAUAUCCAACACUGCCUUACAAUACUAAGUCUAUGUGUCUUUGUACUAAUAACCAACUGCCAAAAACUGUUAAUAUGUGCCUUGUUGGUUUCAGAGGAAAGCUUUUAUUUGUUUG